AUGUUUCUCCUUUUGUUGGUCGUCGCGGCCGUUUGUUCGGCUGACAAUUCACUGUAUGAUCUAACUGCAUGCUCAUAUACGAACUGCCAUUCAAUGCUCACCACUGCUCAAUGUCCCUCUGAAUUCUAUCUUGUCAAAUGGGAGAAAUGUGGAUUCUUGAAGAAGCAUGAGUUAUGUUGCCGAAUGUCGAAUAGUACUGCUGCGGAUAAGUGUCGCUGGGGUCCAUGUCAUGCUUCCAUUGAGAACAACUUUUGUUCCAAAAACGAGUUUGUCAGCGAAGAAAAGAAAUGUUCGUUGCUCCAAAAGCAAGAAAGAUGCUGUAAACAAGAGUUGAUUUCUUGA